CCUGUUAGCGGCCCUCCGCUGCGAUGCUAGCUGCUGACGGCGUGUCUGCGGAGUUCGGUUAGUUUGUGUUAUAAAGUUUUUUUUGUAGCUUGUGACUGGUUCCUCCCUGAAGUUUCUGCGGCCUCUCCGAACCCGGCACCAUGAGCACGCUGUGGAUGGGGAACCUGGAGACCUACAUGGAUGAGAAGUUCAUCACUCGAGCCUUCUCCACCAUGGGCGAGCAGGUGGUGAGCGUGCGUAUCAUUCGCAACAAGAUGACGGGGGGGGCUCUUGGUUACUGCUUUGUGGAGAUGUCGGACGAGGCCACGGCCGAGAGGUGUCUCCGUAAAGUCAAUGGGAAGUCUUUACCUGGAGCAAACCCGGCCACGAGGUUCAAGAUAAACCGAGCCACGUUUGGGAAACAGGAAACAGGGCAGAUGUACUCUCUGUUUGUGGGAGAUCUGACUCCAGAGGUGGACGACGGGAUGCUCUAUGAGUUCUUCUACAACCGCUACCCUUCCUGUCGAGGUGGCAAAGUGGUGAUGGACAGCAUGGGAAACUCCAAGGGUUGCGGCUUCGUUCAGUUCCCAGACGAGCGUCUGCAGAAGCGAGCGCUGGAGGAGUGUCAGGGGGCGGUGGGCCUGGGCAGCAAGCCCCUCCGGCUCAGCCUGGCCGCUAACAAUCUGAGGAACAAGCCCCCGUCGCAGUCGCCGCCCUCAGAGACCAAGGCGUGGCAGAGCAGCGCGGCCUACCGGGGUGGCUACGACGUGUACGGUCAGUACCAGCAGCAGUACGGCGGCUACUACAACCCUUGGGGCUACGACCAGACCGGGGCCAUGUACGGGUACAACUACCAGCAGUACGACUACUCCCAGUACGCUGCUGCGCAGGAGGGCGAGGCCGUCCAGGAGGAGGAGGAGGAGGAGGUGGAAGAACAUAGUCUGGAGCUGGACGUCCUGGAGGCCAACAGGAAGUUCAUGGAUGAGAGCGAGGAGCUGUACGACGCCCUCAUCCAGUGUCCCUGGAAGUCUGCCGAGUUCAACGCUGAGCAGGAGUACCUGACGUCCUGUGUGCCGGAGCCCAUCACUGCCUGAGCCCCCCGGGACCCCCGGGACCCCGUAAACACCCCCCCCCCCCCCCCCCCCCCCCCCCCCCCCGGAACCCUCUGGGACUCCCAGGACCAUCCAGUACUCCCUGAGACUCCUCAGAAACCCCCCUGAAACCCCACUGGGACCUCCUGAAAUCCGUCUGAAACCCCAAGGACCCCUCUGAGACCCCCCUCGGUACUGGUCUCUUCUGGCUUUUGCGCUCGGUGGAAGAUGCAGAGUUUUGAUUUAGAUUUUUAAACCAACAGGACUUCUCUCAGUGGAUUGCUGUGGGUGCCAAACAUGUGGUCCACGGACCUGAAUCUGCUCUGAAAAGGGAUCAGAUGCGGUCCACAGAAUGACUUUUUUUACAUUGUAUGAUAUGAAGAAGUGAAGGUUUGAUUAAAGUUCCUGCUGUGAGA